AUGGCAUUGCCCAAGAGUGGCGUGGAUAUCUUCUAUCGGGAACAAAGCCCCGCAGAUCCCUCCAAGACCAUUCUACUCCUUCAUGGCUUCCCGUCUUCGUCGCACCAAUACCGCAAUAUGAUACCAUUACUCGCUACUCAGUACCGAGUCAUUGCGCCAGACUUUCCUGGAUUUGGCUUUACUGAGGCGCCUGCAGGAUUCAAGUACACGUUUGAGUCUCUUACAGACGUCCUCUCCGAGUUCAUAGACUCGCUCUCUGUUGCCAGCUUCGCUGUUUACGUCUUCGAUUAUGGCGCACCGAUUGGUCUGCGUCUAGCGUUGCGUCGUCCUCAUGCUGUCGACGCAAUCAUCACCCAGAAUGGUAACGCCUACGUCGAGGGUUUUGGCGACGUCUGGGGGCCGAUCAAAGACUACUGGGCCAGCAGCAACACCUCGGAUGAUCGAUCCAAGAUUGCAGAUGCCAUGUUGAGCUUUGACAUCACCAAAUUCCAGUAUGAGAAUGGCACACCGAACCUUCAGAGCAUCGCACCAGAGUCUUAUACACUAGACUAUGCUCUGCUGCAGCGCCCUGGAAGGAUGGACGCUCAACUUGAUCUCUUCAUGGACUAUCAAAACAACGUUCCUUUAUAUGAGAAGUUCCACGCAUACUUUCGAUCCUCACAGGUGCCCCUGCUGGCAAUUUGGGGGAAGAACGACGUGUUCUUCAUUCCAGCUGGAGCUUUUGCCUUCAAACGAGACUUGCCAGAGGCAACCGUGAAGCUUAUUGAAGCCGGCCAUUUUGCGGCUGAGAGUGAUGGGCCGUCCAUUGCGAGGGAGAUUAUACAAUUCUUAAGCUAG